CAAGCAGUAGGAUAGAUGGAAAUGACUAUGAGCUUAGAUACUUCUAAGCUUUUUUCAUUCUUCUUGUCAUUCUCAGUUUCAGUAACGCUUCCACUCAUAGCAUUGUUAGCUUGCCUCUAUUUUUCCAAUGGAGGAAAGGCAAAAACAAAGCUGCCACCGGGGCCACGAGGGCUGCCUGUUUUGGGUAGUCUGCUGGACCUCGGUUCGAAUCCCCACCACUCCCUUUGUGCUCUUUCCAAGCGCUACGGUGGUCUCAUGUAUCUCAAAUUGGGCAGCACGCCAACCAUUAUCGCUUCCUCUCAGGAAGCCGCAACUGCCAUUCUCAAGACAUUUGAUUCCGAUUUCUCUAACAGACCGCAGAGUGGAUCAGCGGUAGCGGAUAUUCUCUUGUACAAUAGAAGCGACAUCACCUGGUCUCCCCACUCCCAGUGGCCAUUUCUUAGAAAGCUCUGCAUUUUCCAUCUCCUGACCCCCAAAUGUUUGGAAAAGUGGCAGGAGUCCCGAGAAGAAGAAAUGGCGUUGUUACUCGCCUCCAUCUUUAGACUUCGAGCUGCUGCUGUAAAUGUGGGAGAUUUUGUAAAUGUCUUCACUUCUAAUGUUAUUGGACAGAUGACGCUCAGGAUGAGACUCUUCGAUGAGAAUAACGCAGAGGCCGAACAUUUCAGAGAAUUAAUGGACGAUUUCUUAAGCACGGCUGCUCGUUUUAGGAUUGGGGAUUUCGUUCCUUUCUUAGCGCGGAUUGGCUUGGGCGGUUCUCUUGAUGAAAUGAAGAGCCUGCACAAGCGCCUUGAUCAAUUUCUGGUGAGGAAGAUGGAAGAACAGAGGCGUAUGCCUCUGCCCACUAAGGAUGAUGGCAACAAGGACUUUCUGCAGAUUCUCCAUCAACUCAAAUAUAAUUCCGUAGGAGAGGGCCGACAACUUUCCGAGUCUAACAUCAAAGGCAUUUUACUGAACAUGAUGGCGGCAGGAACCGAUACGGCUACCCGCUCGGUGGAAUGGGCGAUGUCCGAGCUGAUCCGCCGCCCUCAUCUGAUGAAGAAAGUGAGAGAAGAAGUGGAUGCAGUUGUGGGAAUGGAAGAGAGAGUAACCGAAUCUCAUCUUCCUCACCUCAAAUAUUUACAAGCAGUUGUAACGGAAACUCUCCGACUGCAUCCUCCAACGCCGCUUAUGCUUCCUCACGCAUCUCCAGACAGUUCGAGGGAAAUAAUGGGGCAUUUCAUUCCUCCCAAUUCCCAUGUCAUGGUGAAUGUGUGGGCCAUAGCAAGAGAUCCAAAUGCGUGGGAGAAGCCGCUGGAAUUUGAUCCGGAUCGCUUUGUGGACAAUCCUGUUCAUCUCGAUGGACGAGAUUUUCGAAUAAUACCGUUCGGUGCAGGAGGAAGAAUGUGUCCGGGAUAUAAUCUGGGGCUUCGUAUGAUACAAUUUGCACUUGCAAGCUUUGUUCAUGCAUUUGAUUGGUCGCUUCCAUCUGGUGAAGAAGUCCAAGAUUUGGACAUGAGUGAGAAAUAUGAAGUCUCAAUUCACAGGAAAGUUCCUCUCAAACUCUUCGUCAGUCCUCGUCUGCCUACCCAUCUUUAUAACAGUCAACAAAAAGCGGGUCACAUGUAAUCAUUUCCUCGCAACUCGUGUCUUUGCUCUUUCAACAUCCAUUACUUCCUAAGCUCACAUAUCUAUUGUUGGUAUUAGUUUUAAUAGUAACAUUGUAUAUAUGUGAGUGCUUCUUAGAACAUGGUUCUAGCAUAUAUCAUUUAUGUAUUUUAAUUGACAUUUUAUUACAUUUUA